AUGUCAAAACUUUUAAGUUAUUUCAAGUAUAAUGAUUCUGAAAGAUGCAAACUAUGUAAAACGCCAUAUCAAAAUUCUGGAGCUAAAUGGAAACAUAGUUAUAGAUCACUUUGGAAUGAGAAUUGGAAUGUUACGGAAGAUUGGGUGAUUUUAAAACAAUUACAUCAUGAUGACGAAAUUUCCAUUCAAUUUUUGGAUCAGAAUUUAGGCAAAGAUGGCAACAAAGAUGAAUAUUUAAAACAAAUUAAAGAAGCCGAGGAAUAUCAAAGAUUAUUAAUGUUGGAAAAUAAUAUCACAAGUUAUGAUAGUAUGAUUCAUAAUGAUGCAAUUUACACAAGUAGAGAACUUAAAUUAAAUCUUGAAAAUGUUUGGAAUUAG